AUGAAAUGCUCUGUUAAGGCCCAAUUUUUCUUGUUGGCUUUGAUCGUUGUUGCAGUUAUUGUGAUGAUGAUUGAUUCAACUGUUGCUCAAACAACAACAACAACACCUCAACCAGAAAAAAAGCAACCACUCUCAAAGGAUUCAUACACAAAGAUGGUUCAAACCUUGGAUUCCUUAAUGAAGAAACUUCAUAAUCAAAAGAUUGUUAUUGAUAAGGAAGUUAAUGAUGCUAAAGCUGAAUUGGAAUUGGCAAUGAAGGAAGAAGAAGAAGCUAGAAAGAAGUUUGAAGCUUUGCAAAAGGAACAUUUGAUUGCAAAGAAAAAGACUGAAGAACAAGGGACAAAAGUUAAGGAAUUAAUUAAUAACAUUACCAAGGCUCAAAAGAAUACCAAACAAUCAUUAUCCGAUUAUAAUAGAAUUGCUAGAGAUGGUCCAAAUAUGAAGGACAGGUCUUCGUUGAAAAAGGAUAAGCAACAAUUGAAAUCAAUCAAUGACAAGAUGCAAAACUUGAUGGACACUAGAAAGGCCAAAUAA